AUGGACGAGAUGGAUCCAAAACCUUGGAGAUGUAUUCUGGAUGCUCUUGGCGGAGACUUGGAAACAGGUUGGUCUCAAACCAAGUCUCAUGGUACCUCCCAUUUUCUCCUUAUCAAUUUCAGGCAUGUAGACAACACCUGCCUUUUCCUCAGUCACCUCAGGAACGAAUUCGGCACUGGUGGCACCGUCAAUACGCAAAACGUUUCUAAGGAACUCGAUCACAGCAACUUGCAAUCCCAGACACACACCAAGGUAUGGAAUGUUGUUCUCUCUGGCCCAUUUGGCAGCAGCAAUCAUUCCCUCAACACCUCUAGUUCCAAAUCCACCUGGAACCAAGAUUCCAUCUGCUUUGCAAACCAAUUGCCAUGCGGAAUGGAAGUUGGCUUUAUUAUCGAUCUCUGUUUGUGGUUCCAAGUCAGCAGACUCGACCCAAACAAUCUCCAGCUUUCUAGAGCAUCUCAUUGCACUGUGUUCAAGAGACUUGAUCACCGACAAGUAAGAAUCGUGCAAGUUUGUGUACUUUCCAACGAUUGCAAUCGUGACUUUCUCGAAAGAUCUAUCGUGUUGGGUGGUAAGUUCAACCCAAUUCUUGUAAAGUUCCUCACCCUUUUUGAUCAUAUCAAGCGGAACGUUCAUCUGUCCAAGUUGCAAUCUCUUGCUCAAGUAUUGAAUCAUUUUUUGUUCUUUCAAAAGCAAUGGAACGUGGUAGGUAGAGUUGACGUCAUGAAUUGCCAGAACUUGCUCAGCUCCAACAUGGCAGAACAUAGCAAUCUUCUCAAUUGUUGGACCUUCAAGUUCAGUCAAACAUCUGCAACCGAUCAUAUCAGGAGACAACCCAAGGGAUCUGAGAUCUUUGAUAGCAGCUUGAGUUGGCUUGGUCUUUUGCUCUCCGUGGAUCACAGGAACCAAUGA